UUAUGGCCGUACCACCGCAGACGCUAGCGGCUAGCCCUCGCCGCGCUCCUCAUCAUCUGCUUCCUCCUCGCCGCGGUCGUGCUCUACCUCCGCGCCCUGGCCCCAGCAGCUCCCGCCGCCCGCCCCGGAGGGGGAGGAGGAGCCGGCGGACGAGGGUGGGAGGGAGAGGCGGCGGCGGAGGAAGCGGCAGCAGCAGCAGGAAGGGGAGCGCGCGUAGGGUGGUGCUACGGCGCUCUCCGCGAAGGCGGGUAGGGAGGGGAAGGGGGAAGCAGAGAAGGGGGCGCUGCUGCCCGGCGGCCGCAGUUCCCGCUCAUGUCGGUGGCCGGCGCGCUGCAGCGGCGGAUCAAGGCGCGCUACAACGGCCUCACGCGUUCGAGCGAGGCACGGUGCCCCACAAUUGAACAGCUCGUUCCAUCGAUUAGCGAGAGUGGAAAGAAGAGAAGAAAGGCGAGGAAGCAGAAGGGAGGUGGAGACAAGGCGGUGGUUGUUCAGAAGGAAAGGAUGCCAGAAAAGCCACCUCUCCCCUUCUCGCUGUUGAGCUGUGCAAUGAAACAACGGAUCAAAGCGAUUUAUGAGAAGAUCAGUCGUCAUAAGACUACAAUGGAAGAAAAGGUUCAUGAGUAUGUUAACUGCCUGGUGAAUGCAAGAAACGAACUGCUGCAGAGGUCUGAGAACGUCCAGAGAAGCAUCAAGAUCAAGAAGGCCAUGCUAUCCAACCCUCGUAAUUAUAGGUCUUCAUAUGAUCGCCUCUUUGAACAGGUACGUAGAUUGGAAACUGAACGGGAUAACCUGAAGAAAGAUGCCUCCAUUUACAAUUAUCUUCUAGAGCGGCUUCAGGAGUCGGCACCAUACAAACUGAUGCUGGAGCUCAGUGCUCCGGAGAACGAAGCCCCAGAAAUAUCAUUUGAGGAAUUACUGGCUCAGGAGAAGGAGGAUACUGCCUUCUGGCAGCCUAACGGAAAGCUGAGAUCAAUCUCCUCCAAGUAGGACUGCAACUUCCUCAACAUCAGUAGUCUAAACUUAAACCGAAUUUGUUCCUGGGAGAACAUAUACAUCCGAACCAUGGUGUAAUGCGCUUGCCAAGAUCUUGGGCUAGUGUCCUUUGGUCCUGACUUCAAUCUGGGGCUCUGGUAGAUUAACAGUUGUGUUGUCCUCUUCCAGUUUGGUCUUCCAUACAUGUCGUGUCAGGUA